AAAAAGGAAGAAACUCAUCUGAAGUACCUGAAGUACCUAAAGUACCUGAAGUACCUGAAGUACCUGAAGUACCUGCAGAAUCCCUCCGGACCUCCGCCAUGAUCAAGUCGGUGAGUGUGUCCUCUGACGGCUCCCUCCCUCCGUACGAGGACGACCUGGACUCGAUCAGUUCCGACGAGCUGCUCGGGUCCCAGUCCCGCCGGUGGCUCACGGAGCUGCUGACCGGGGACCUGCCUCCGGAGAGCGGGGACCUGAGCACGGUGGGUCGGGACGGGCUGUUCGUGGAUUACCACUUUCCUCUGGGGGAGCUGGAGAUGAGCUCCGGGGUGAAAUGGAAGAGACCGAAGGAGCUGUGUCCGUCACCCCAGUUCAUCGUGAAAGGAGCGACACGCCUGGACAUCCGCCAGGGAAAACUCAACGACUGUUGGCUUCUUUCUGCCAUCGCUUCCCUGGCUGUGCACCCGUCCCUACUGGUCAAGGUGGUUCCUCUAGAGCAGAGUUUCCAGAACGGAUACAACGGAAGCUUCACCUUCAGGUUCUGGCAGUACGGUCAGUGGGAGGAGGUGAGGAUAGACGACUUGUUGCCGACUCAGGACAACAAACUGUUCUACCUCAGCUCCCCCGACAGGAACGAGUUCUGGAGCUCACUGCUGGAGAAGGCCUAUGCCAAGCUGAAAGGUGGCUACAGAGCUCUGGACAUGGGCUUGCCUCACGAGGCCAUGGUGGACAUGACGGGCGGCGUGUCGGAGGUGUUGAACAUCUCCUCGCUGCCCAGAAACACGCCGGCCUUCCUCAAAAACCUUCUGUCUAAAGGAGCGCUCAUCAACUGCGCCAACUGUCAGGGUACUCUGGAAACAAGGAACGAACUGGGGAUCAUGUACAGACAUGCCUACUCUCUGACGGCAGUAGAAAAGGUGAAGACGGCAUAUGGCACCGUGGACUUGGUGCGAAUCCUCAACCCCUGGGGCAACACAGAGUGGGCGGGUCCCUGGAGCGACGUGACAGGUCCGGAGUGGAGCACCGUGAGCCCCGAGGAGCAGAAACGACUGCAGAGAGUCCGACGGGAGGACGGCGAGUUCUGGAUGUCGGUGGUGGACUUCGCAAAGCAGUUUGAGACGAUGGAGGUGUGUCACCUGACCGGCACCCCGGACUCCGGCGUGAUGCCGUGGCGCUGCAUCAUGCUUCAUGGGAACUGGGUGCCGAGCGUCUCAGCAGGAGGACCUCCCCAUGGAGGUUUCUUCUGGCAGAACCCUCAGUUCCAAUUCGUCCUGCCGGAGGUGGACAGCGGCGACUCUAAGAAGAGCUGCUCCUUUAUUUUGUCUCUGAUGCAGAAACACCACAGACGCAGAGGCACUGACCUGUCCAUCGCCCUGCAUGUGUUCCCGGUCCAUCCCACAAAAACAUACUUGCCUCCUGAGGAGCUGAAGGCCGUCGGCCCCGUCUUCUGCAGCCCCCGUUACUCCUCACGUCGGGAGGUGGUUCUCCGUGGUUCCCUUCCACCUGGUUCCUACAUCAUCAUCCCCUCCACCUUCGAGCCCAAUCAGCAGGGGGCGUUCCUCCUCCGGGUCCUGACGGAGCAGGGGAACACGGUCGCUCCAGCUAACAAACCAGCACAAGAGAUCAUUUCACAAACUGAGCCGUCACAUCCUCACCAGGCUGCGCUCCCUUCACCCAAAUCCACCAGACUCCUGUUUAUGAAACACUGCAACAAGAAGGGGAUUUGCAAACCAGUGCAUCUCCACAGCCUCCUGACUGAGGCCAUACAGGGAGGAGUGUUGGCCGGCACUGAGAAGAAUCUGGCUCUGGAGCACUGCAAGAGUCUGGUGGUCCUCACCGAUACUCAGGGCACCGCUCGGCUGAACUGGCAUGAGUUCAUGGGUCUGUGGGACAUGAUCAAGAGGUGGACGGACAUCUUCCUGGUGUUUGACAAGAACCAAACGAAGCGUCUGGAGUAUCAGGAGGUGGCUCCAGCUCUGAAGGCUGCAGGAAUCACGGUGGACGACCUGGUGAUGCAGCUGGUUGGCCUGAGAUACACUGAGCCAGACAUGACCGUCAGUUACCCCGGCUUCUUGUACCUGGUGAUGAAACUGGAGAGCAUGAUACAGAAAUUCCAAGCGUACGACGUGGCAGGAAUGGGGACGAUAGCAGUCAGCUACAAACGGUGGCUCCACAUGACCAUGUACAACUGACCUGCUCCACUCAGACACACUCACCAGGACUCACUCAGCUCUUUGUUGAUUUUCUUUUCACUGCUCGAUCUCAAUGUGUGAUUUCUGUUGUAUUUGUGUAUAUGAACGAUGUCAAGUGUAGUUCAGUGACAGGAACACGAGGCAGACAAGGACAUAUUGUGCCUUUAGUUCCCCCUCAUGUACGGAGUCAUCGUAUAGUCACGGAAACGUCUCUCUCCAGUCAUGGAAACAACCGGGGUCAAAGGUCAAACACGGACGUGCUGCUGUGAUGUCAGUGAAGUGUAUGAUUCACUGUGUCGGUGACUUUUGAGCAGACAUAGCCUCGGUGAUCUCAGGGAUGAAACUUUAAGAUGUUGACAUCAUUUCUGAGCCUGAAUUUAGAACAUUUGACUCCAAAUAACAACAAACUUCCAAACUAAUUAAUGAUAUUAAUUAAUCGCUGUUCAACAUGAAAACUGACUCUUAUCAAUGGUCUCAUUUUCAUACCCAGUAGUUCAUCAUGUAUUUAACUGAUCAUUUCAUAGACUCACUGCUGUCCUGCAGAAAGUCUACACAUCUUCCACCGCAGACUAAAAACACAUCUCCUCCGAUUAUACCUUGAAUAAACAAAAUUAUAUAGUGGAAACAGUUUUGUUUAUAUAUGAUGUUUUACAAGAUCUGUGACGGGUAAAUUCCAAUGAUAUAAAGAAAGAACUUUGGUUCGACAUUUGGAAUAAAGGUUUAAAUGAUCUUAAUAAAUACUAUUAAAUAACGCAGUGUCAAAUUGUACAUAGACUACAUUACUCUAAAGUAAAGUUGAAAAAGAGGCAUUACUCUUGGAUUCUAGGUGACAUUGGUAUUCUAGGUUAUUUGUGGGAAUUGUUAGGUUUUGGUCCUUUUUUUAAUUUUACAAGUCUGGUGUGUUUUUCUCAUCUGUUUUCCUUUGUGAUAAUGUUCUUUUGAAAUUAAGCUAAAUGUAUGUUUAACGAAUGUAUGCUUCACAAUAAAAAUAUUUGAGAAGAAGUCA